UUACCGGAGGAAACGUUAAGAAGCUAUGAAGCCGAUUGAAGUCUCCAUUCUGAUCCUGUCCGUCGUUGUGGUGUUGACGGUACAGAACCCGUUAAGUUUGCACAACAACAACCUGGAGGAUUUUCACGAUGGUGGACAUCAACUUGAUUCUUCUGCUCAAGUCGACUACAACAGACUCGUAUCACAGUCCUCGAUUUUUAACCCAUCAACUUCAUUUGUAAGAAAUACUUCAGUUACAAUUGUGACUUCUGUAACAACGUGCACCACAUCCACGGCUGCAUUACCCCCUUGUUCAGCUUCAGGACGUCGUCGUGAACUGGAAAGCCAAGGAUUCCUACUUAAUCCGAAAAAUGAAGAAAACCGAAAUGAUGAUUUGAGACUUUUACCUGUAGCCUACGACAGAAACGAGGGGCAAUUAGUUCGACUUAAUUCGGAUGAAGUAGAAGCUGCAAUCUCGUUUGCAAUCGAACCAAGCUUGUCCAGCGGUCAUUCCGGUCAGAAUUUGCUUGGACAUGGCACGCCAACCGUUACACUAAUGUACACGUACCGCCACCUGCAGCAGCACCACUGGAUUCCAGACUUGUGGAUCCGCUGUUUUACUGGAAAAUCUCAGGCCAUGCGUUUCCAAUGCGUUAUGAUAACGGACAGCUGUUAUUCUGAGGUGGAUCAAGCUCACGGAGCUGGUCCCGGAUUGAUUCAGAGUGGAAAACAAUAUGCAUCUCGUGUCGCCCAAAAAUCCAAAAAGAUCAGAGAAUCGACGAGGACGCUGCAAACUCUACAGGGCGUGAAAGAGAGUGGCUUGAAGAGUGAUCCGAAUGAACCCAACGGACCUGAUAUUGACUCCAAAAUCGAUGAAAUAAAAAACCAAUUGAGGCGCUCAGAGUGUCGUUGUUCGGUUGUUGGCAUGCACGAAUGA